UCCCUUCCAAUCCACCUUGAGGGCUUGUUCGUUUGGGCCGGGAUCGGCCGGGAUUGCGGCCCGAUCCACGUGGAACAUCCCGGUCUGGAUAGAUUCCCGACCCACAUUGGAAGAGCUGUUCGGUUAGUCCACUCGUGAUUCCAUCACCGGCCCAUUACCGGCGAAAUCCUUCACCCCGGCCCGGGAACCAUCCCACGAGUCUAGACGUGUGGAACCGAUCCCCUGGCGCUAGCACACGGACGAAGCAACACACGGCGGCGGUGGCGGGGGACGACGACGUCAGCACGGCGAUCUUCUCAGCGACGGCUUUCUCUCCAGUAACCUUCUGGCUGGCUUUGCAUCUGUAGAUCACUUCUGCUAUUACUAUCUCAGGUUUUGAACUUAGAAGCCCUAGCAACUCGGUGGCAACUGGUAACAACAGCCUAGAAUUGUGGGUUGUUGGAGAUGUUUGUAUUUUUAAUUCUUGAUCACGAUGAGGACAUGUAAAAAGUUGACAAAUUAGCAUUGUUGGUGGUAACUGGUAGCAGCAACUCUGUUUUAUUUUCAUGUAGUGUAUUUCCUAAAAAAGUUAUUUAAAUAUUGUGUAAACUACAAAUUAGCAUAACACAGUUGAUUGUGGGAACAAGCGAAUUGCAAGCAGCGGCUCUUUUUUUAGAAAAAUAUAUUUCAUACAUUAGAAGCCCAUACUUCUCCUUAACUAAUUCCUGUAUUAUCCCUGCCAUAACCGAACACAGGGAUUCUAGAGGGGGUUAGAAGCAGGGAAUCAUACCCCCACAGGGAGGGAUUGAGUGAAGUGGAAGGGAUCCACUCAAUCCCUCUCUGGAUUGCCUCCCCUAGGGGUUUAGAUCCCUAGGAACCGAACAAGCCCUCAAUCCUCAUGAUUUUGGGAUGAAACGAACAUGGCCUCAAUGGGAUGAUGGUAUUCAAUGAUGAUUGUCAUGAAUGGAGCUGAAAUAUUGUUAGUCCCUUUUUUAGCAUCCAAUUUUUUCUCUCAUUUUUAAUUUAGUUAUGACAUCUCCCUGUUUGUUGAAGGGCAGUCCUGGUGCAACAGUGAGAGCUGUCUCACUGAGUCAUCAGGUCACGGGUUCGAAGUAGUCUCUCCGUAUUUGCGGGAGAAGGCUUGCUUUGGUUUAUCCCUAUCCUAGACGUCACAUGUGGGAGCCUCCAGCAGUGGAUCUACCUUUUUUUAUCUCCCUGUUUGUUGAAAGACUACUUGCUUGCAUAGGUGACGUUCCAUCUUUCAUCCAUCUCGUGUCUAUAUGUUCAAGAUGGCGCCAUUGGUUCCUCAGCAGAAUGUGAUGCAAAGGUUCAGGUCAUUAGUGAUAAUCCCUCUGCUGUUAUGUUACUGUCGAAAGUCCUUUGGAAAAUACCAGAUCGUGCGAUUUCCCAUGACACAUCCCCUUUGACUAUAUAUGCUACCAGUUCAAUAAGCAGUAACAACGUUAAGACUGUUCUUGGUUCUGGAACACAAUAUGCUAAUGGAUUUGCUGUGGCGGAUAUUGAACGAUCAUCUCUAAUCCUAUGCGGUAAAGCAUUUGCUAAUUCAGCUAUCGUGAAAGAUGCACUUGCUGCUAUGACAGCCCCAAUAUUGUCUGCAAGAGGAGGCCUCCCGGUUCCAGGAUGGAUUAUGAGCUUUGGUGGUUCUAUUGUAUUAUUGUUUGCCCUAGUGGAAAUCAUGAUGUCCUGCACAGAAAUCCACAAUGCUCUAUUGUCCAUUGACUGUGGUGCAGUCAUCUCUUCCAAGGGGUCUACUGUGCUUUUCCCAACAAAGGCAAGCAGGGAGCAGAAACUGCUUACCGAACCAACUGGAGUAAUUAUCGUAUCAUCUGAUAGCUCUGGUGUCAUACCAUCUGUAUGCAAGCUCUCUCCUGGCCAGGCUGCCUACCAUUUCUUGGCUGGAUAUCACGAUGGAAAAUUUGUCCCAGCAUACACUAGAGCCCCCUCUCCUGCUGACCCACUUGCACUUGCAAUUUCUUUAUUCUCACAUUUGAAAGAAGAUGAUACACCGGCAUAUCUGAUCAACGCUAAGCACUCUGGAAAGUACAUUGGCGGCAAUGGGCUUAUGAAAUUAUUAAAGCUGGCACUAUCUCACGAUCUUCCUAACAAAAAAACUGAAGGCUCUAGAGUUCAAGCUCUGCAACGGGAGGUCUGUUCAGUUUGACGUCGGCAACGUGGUCAUGGUGACAAGGAACACCGGAUGUGUAGGAGUGAUCAAGAACUGGGAGAAGCACAAGGGCAUCUUCGAGGUCAUCGACGUGCUGCUUGGAGCUUUUUUCAUGCUAUGUCUAGUUUUCUCCUAUUUGUUGUACAGGAAAACAUAGAAUGGAAUUCAAAUUUGGUGGUCGCAAAAGUGUGGAGACUUGAAUUCAUAUAAAGUUAGGCUUAACAUUAGUGCAAACAGUUGUAUUUUAGUUUAGAUUUAGAGUACACUUAUAUAUGCCUUGUUUGACAAUGCUUAUUUAUGAUAUAUUGAAUGGUACUUAUUUAUAUUAUAUUAAUUAUAAUGUUGUUCAAUA